AACUUUUGAGGUGAAGUGUUGUUGCCCUGAACCAGGGAAUGCCUAAUUUAGGCUACAAUAUAAAGGUCAUUUGUAAGCCUUUCAAUUACGAAGCAGUAACCCAAAAUCCUCACCAUGGCCAAGAACAAGACCCUGACCUUCCUCUUCAUUCUCUUCACCAUUUUCUCAAUCUCAACCCUUACCACCACCGCCACAAAAAACCAUGGCUUCGCAAGAGUCUUAUCUCCACCUAAACUAGGGCUAAAGCGUCAGAAACUAAGCCACCUCCACUUCUACUUCCAUGACAUAGUCACUGGGAAAAAUGCUACAGCCGUGAGAGUUGCCGAGGCUCCGGUGACAAAGACAUCACCCACAGCAUUCGGAGCUGUGAAUGUGAUGGAUGACCCGUUGACUUUAAAGCCUGAACUGAGUUCCGAACGAGUGGGAAGUGCUCAAGGAAUAUAUGCUGCGGCUUCGCAAAGUGAGGUGGGGUUGUUAAUGGAUCUCAACUUUGUUUUCACUACAGGAAAGUUCAAUGGUAGUACUAUCAGUUUGAUAGGGCGCAAUAGUGUGUUCUCGAAUAUCAGGGAAUUUCCUAUCGUUGGUGGGAGUGGGCUUUUUCGCUUCGCACGCGGGUACGCUCAGGCUCAUACUUACUCGUUGGAGCCAACUGGUGAUGCUGUUGUGGAGUACAAUGUUUAUGUCUUCCAUUAUUGACGUGUGUUUUUCUCUUUUCUUUAUGACAAACGUUAAUUAUUAGCUUUUAUUUUUUAUUUUUUUUUAAAGCCAUUG